CUCUCAUUUCACGUUUUUCUUCAAAUUUGUUAGUCAAUGAAAAAAAGUCAACAUUAUUAUAUUUUUUGUUUAUUGUUAUCUAAAUAACGUGACGUACGUAUAUCUUUUGUAAUACAAAUACCUUGGUAUUUUUUUUUUUCGAUUUUUACUGUUAAUAUUAUUUCUAGGCACAAUUCAUUAUUUAUCAUUGAUUGUCAAGUAACAGUCGAUACAAUGUGAGUUAUAAAAUCCACAAAUAUAAUUGAGAAAUGGCAAUAAAUCAGAACCAGCCGCUGUCAGAAAAGUAUGGUAUCCCUUUAAAUCACUUAGACUUCAGUUAUUUGAAAGAGUGUGAAGAUCCCAAGGAAUUAAAACACAUCAUUAAAAUAUUGGAGUGAGUUUUUACAUUAACGAAUUAACUACACAUUUGUUAGGUUAAUGUUUGUUUGGUCCAUUUUUUUUUGAAAACCAUGAUAUUUAUUUUUAAAUUUUCUAUUUAGUAUUCUUAAAAUAAUUGAUCAAAUUUGAUUUGAAAUUGUUUUACUUGUAACACUCGUAAAACAUAACAUUGUAUAACAUGUAAACAAAAAUGCCAGUUGUCAUAUUUAAUUUUUUAAUUUAAUUACUUAUUUGUUGGAUAAUUAUUUUGUUAUACUUAAAGUACCUAGAAUGUGUUACAUACGAUUAAUAUAAUAUUUUAUUACAUUAAAAGCUAAAUAGUUUUUUUUACUGAUCUUAAAAUAUUUAUAUUUAUCUUCGUGUUUCUUAAUAGGUACCAAGUUGGUAUACUUUUAUUUUAGCAUAAAAUAUUUGAUCAAAUAAUUAACCCUUGUAUUGUUGUGUGUUAUGUUUGUUCCUACAUUUCAUUGCUAUGAUUACAAAAAUCACAGUUCAUUAAUAUAAAAAAAUAAAAAAUUUUAUUUGAGUCAUUUGAAACCUUGAUUAGAGUAGCUCAGAGAAUAUGUUUUUCUUUUGUUAUUUUAUAUUAUAUAUUAUAUGAGAUUUUAUUUUGUGCUUAUAGGUAGCUAUACCUACUUAUAGGCAAUAUAUGUUUAAUGUUUAUUUGACUGAUAAAGGUAUGUCUAAUUUUAGAUCUGGAGAAGAGGGGAAUUAUCCUCCUUUGUUGUCAGCAGCUGAAGAACGUUUGCGUGAAAUUAAACCUGAUGCAUCAAUAUUAAACAGAAAACUAUGUUUCGCAAAAAAGUCUUCUGAUUUUUCUAAUAGUAAAGAUUACAAUGAUGUGUUUGGUGAUAUAAAUGUUAGUGUACAUAUUUAAAUAUACCUAAAAAUUAUUAAACUUUAAUAUAAUGGUUACCUAAAUGUAAAGAAAAACAUAGUUUAGGUUUUUGUCUUUAUAAAUUAACAGUAGCUAUAAAGUGAGACAGUAACCAUUGGGGGGAAAAUUGAGAAGGUCGUCAUCAAGGUAAUGGCCAGGUACAAUGUAAAAUAAUCAAUUUGAUAUACAGUAUUGUUCAUUUUUUUAAAACAAUUUAUUUUAUUGAAAUAGUUAAUAAACCAAGUAUCAACUUUUUAAAUAGCCAAAUUAUUCCUUAAGAGCCUUUAAAACUUUUUAAAUUUUAUAAUUAUUAUUCUACCUGGAUGCAGAUAAUGGCUUUGAGAGAACAGCUUUGAUAAAGGUAAAUCUACAAUAAGUUAUCAAUACGCUCGAGGAAUUGAGUUUUAAGAAGGUCUACAGUAUUUUUUGUUUGAAAUAAUGGUGGUUUUGAUGAGGAUGUGAAGCAUAGGAUUAAGGGUAGUUGGAUAAAAUGGAGAGAAGCCUACAGUGUUUUAUGUAAUAAGAGUCAUUUAAUGAGUCUUAAAGUUAAAAGUUCUACAAAAGUAUGUUGAGGAAUCUAAAGUAGUAAGAUUUCUAAUGAAAAUAAAGAUAAGAGAAAAACCGAAAAAAAAGGUAGUUGAAUGCAAUUAAGUAUGAGAGGUGGGAGAUCGAGUCUAGUGGACAUUUAUUUCAAGGGUAGCCGAUUCUAAACAGUUAAAACAAAGGAAAAAAAUGAUUGUACCUUUUAAAAAAUGUAAUAUAAAAUAUUCCGAUAUUGAAUAAUUGGCUGUACAUUUUUUAAACCAUAUUUGAUAUUAAAUCAACUAUAUGUUUAUUUAUUUUUAAUUACAUGGGCAAUUGUUCUUUAGUAUACAUAUAUAAUUUAUACAAAAUUUAAUAAAUCAUGUUAAUUGGACAAUAUAAUAUAAUAUUAAGUUAUCAAAUAAAAUAUAAAUUAACUUAAUUAGUUACCAUAGGUGGGGCCAAUAUUAGCACACGCCAUUAGGCACCUAAUAGGCUCGUUUUUUAAAAAAUGUGUAGAGAAAUGAGGGAUAUAGAAGGAAAUUGUGGUUUUUGUCGCCCGCUGGGGUACCAAUAUCCAAUAGACUACUUAUAAAUUAAAUUCCAGCAGUGUGCUUACGUUUAGCUAGGGAGAAAAGGCCAAGCAAGUUAGCUACAGAGGCAUAGUCGCAUAAAGGACAAUGUAUUUCGAGUAUGAAGUAUAUAUUAACAUUUAUGUAAAAAUAAAAAAAAAAGAUAUGUGACAGUGUUUAAUUUGUUCGUAAUUGCUUGAUAUGUCAAUUAAAAAAAAAAAAAAUCACUAUGCACUGUUAAGAAAUUAAAUUAUUUUACAGAACAAUUUUUUUUUUUGAUUUUGUCUUCAUAUUCUUCAUAUAUUAUUUUAAUUGUAAAUUAUAAUUAAUAAACAUUACAUUUUUUUUUUUUUUUUUUUUUUUAGAAAUGGAUAAAACAGUCCCAACAACAGGAGAAAGAUUCAAAACUUGAGAAGCAAAAUUUAACAGAUUCUAUGAAUGAUCAUGAUAAGCAACCAGUUCGAGAUUUUGUUGAUUUGACAUUAGCUGAGGAAGAUGAAGGAAAAGUAAUAUUUUCAAGUAGAAAGUAUUUUGGAAAUAAUUUAUUUUAAUGUAAUUUAAAUUUCUUUUUAAUAAUUUUAAGCCUACAAGAAAUUUAUCUAUACCUAGAAUACAUAAUCUUCAUAAUGAACCCUUGGAAGCUUCAUAUUCUAAGUGGGAUAAGUAUGAUCCUGAUGUCGAAUUGAUGAAAUUGGAAAACAAAGCAAAAACUGAUAAAUUACAAGCAGAUAUAAAGGAAAAUUUAAAUUCAAAUUUAUCAUUUGAAUUGAAUGAUACGUUGAGCAUCCAAGAUAGGGUUAAAUCUUUAGUAAAUAAAAGUAAGUUUAAAUGAUAUUUUUAAAAAAAAAUUGAAAAGUAUUUACUAAUAUUUAAUCGAUUUUAAUUUAAUUAUAAAACAAAUCAUGUAUUUUUUGAUUACAAUUGUAUUUUUGAUUACUCAUAGUAGUGUUUUAUUAAACAACAUACAGUAGUAUAAUUACUUUAAGCGACUUGAGUAAUCUAAAAUUAGUUUUAAAUUGACUAAUAAUUGAAUUCAACUUCUUAACAAAAGUAAUUUUUUUUUUAUAGCAUUUCGUACAUUAUAUUGGUAAAUUGUUUUAAAUUAAUUGUCCGUACAUUGUCUUGUUUGUCUUUUUCAUACACACCAAAUUAAGUAAUAAGUAUUCAUUAUUCUGCUGAUUUCUUGAUAAACUAAAAUUUAAAUUUCCAUUUCUUCAUUUCAAAUUAAAAUCUCUAUAAUGAUACUACAGUUGUGAUGAUUUUAGAAGUGGAGUUGUUAAUAUUAUUUUCUACAUUGUUUUAAUUGAUAAAUAUGAAAUAACACCUAACUUUUUAGAAUUUAUAUUAUAUAGAUAACUCAAAUUAUUAUUUCAUUAUAAUUAUUUAUUUUUAUAUUAAUUUAAUAUAAAAAUGAAUACUAUAAGAUAACACUAAAUUAUAUUGCUAACUGGAGUUGGCCUUUUGUUCAUUGUCUUUGUUUGAUGAGUAAUAUUUCCUUGGAUUUUUAUAUAUUUUUUUUUUUGAGAUUUUUUAUAUAUAUCGACACAUUGUUUGAUAUCAUAAAUAGUAUUUAAAUUUAUACACUUAAAUAAUUUAAAAUAUAUAUAUAUAUAUGGCAAUCAUUCAGCUAUCUUAAAUUUGUUAAAUAUUUCAUAAAAAUAAACGCUUAAACUUUUUUUAGAUGCCAAUUUUAGACCUCAAGAUUUGGCCAAACGAGAAAAGGAACUAGGAAAUGAAUGUUUUAAGUCAAAUGAUUAUGAAGAAGCUCUCCGUCAUUACAAUACUAGUAUUGAAAUCCAUCCAACACCUGAAGCAAAAAACAAUAGGGCCAUGUCGUGUAAGCAUAAUUUAUCAUUAUUACACUUACAGUUUUCAGAUUUUAUUAUUAUUAUUACUCACUAUUAUUUACAUAAAAAAUUUGUCACCAAACUAUAAAUUGCAUAUUUGACAUAUUAUAUAAUUACACUAAUAAUUAUAAUUUUAUUUUUAAAUGUUGAUAUGCAGAACUAUUAAAGAUAUUACUCGUGUUUGUAUGCAUUAAUUAAAAGUAACUAAACAUAAUAUUCUCUUAUUUGUAAAAAAAAUAUAGUCAAUUGAUGACAGUAAUUUUAAAAUUAAAAUAUAAAUAUAUAAAUAUUAAGUAGUAAAUAAUUAAAUGAAUAAGAUAAUUAUUGUAGCUAUACAAACUAAGAUUGUAUUAUCAUAUAAUGGAUUACCACACUAUCUCGACCGCAGUAUACAUUUUUCAUCAUCAGAUCUAUCAAGAAAUCUGGCAUGUACGAUUUUAAUGUGUGUACUUAAUGAAAUGCAUUAGUUAGAGUAGUUAGCUAUUAUAUGCUUUACAUUGUACUCACGUACACUUUAGACACCUUGACCGAUAGCUUGUAUUUAUUAACAAUAGAAAGUCUGCCUUAUAAUAUUACAUUGAUUAUAUAGGUAAUAUAAGUGACGUAUUUUUUUGUUAAUUUUAUAAUAGAAGUAUACAUAAAUUAAAUUCAGAGAAUAUUUUUUGUAAUAAUAACUAAUACCUCAUUUAAAACUGUUUGAAUAAAAAUAAACCAUAUUAUGGUAGGUAAUAUUAUGCAAGUAAUAAAUAUUAAAUUAAAUUAAUAAAAUAUUUGCAAUUAUUUUAAAAUAGAUUAUAAAUACAUCUAAAAAAUAUUAUUGUAUAAAUUUUAAAAUAAUACUGCAAAUCUGUGAGUAGUAUUAUAGAUAAAGUUUUUAUUAUAAUCAGUUUUUUCAAAAAGUUAUCAUCAGAACAAAAUAUAACAAUAAUUUUUUUAUACUUCUCCUUUGCUUUCAUCUCAAUUAUUUGAAAUUAGCUACCUUUAUUAUAUAUUUUCAAUUUCCCACUUCGCAUGUACUAGUUAUCUUUAUAACAUUCUCAAUUAUAUUCAAUUUCCUCUUUUCAAUUUUUUUCUCCAUUUGCUACUAUAUUUAUUUUCAUUACAAUUCUUACUGUUUUAGAUUCCUCUCCUUGAAACAUACCCAAACCAUUCCAGCCUAUGUUGUCUACUAUUGAAACUGCACCUAAGCUCUUAUUUAUUCAUCUCUUAUCCUAUCUUCUUUCAUUAGUCCACUUAUCUACUUUAGUAUUUUCAUUUCUGCUACAUUUAUUCUCUAUUAUAUUUUUCUGUCUAUUGUCUAACACUCUGAACCAUACAACAUAGUCAGUCAAAUACUUUUUUGUAAAACUUUAAGUGUCAUUGGACUUCACUUGUCACAUAAAUUACCUGACAAUUUUCUUCACUUUAUCUAAUCACACUUAAUCCUAUGCUUUACAUCCUCGCGAAAGCCACCAUUCUUUUGUACAGAAUAUCCUAGAUAAACAUUUUUUUUAAAUUUUUAUUUUAUAAGUCUGUUUUUUUUUGUGAUUGGUAUACUUUAAAAUUUAAAAACUUUUUUCUUCAUGUUUGAAGUCAAUUUUAGUUGUAUUAUUUUUUUUUUUAUCUGUUUGAAAUUAUAAAUGAGAUUUCCAUAUAGUAUUUAUAUUAUAUUUAAAAUAUAAUAUUAUGUUAAGUACUUUUAAUUGAUUAGUAUUUCAAAUAAUUCAAAUUUUCAUUUCUUAUUGCUUAUUACUUUAUAAUUUUAGUUAUAAAACUAAACAAAUUUGAAGAAGCAUUAGAUGAUUUGAGAGAAGUAAUCGAGAGUGAUCCAAGAAAUAUAAAAGCACAUUUUAGAAGAGGAUCAUGUUUUAAAGCUAUAUCUAUGUACUGCUUGGUAAGUAUCAUGACAUAGUAACUAGUAACAUUAUUGAGAAGGAGUAAUUUUGAAUUGUUUUAUGAUAGGCAUUACGAUCAUUUGAAGUCACAUUAAAAUAUGAUUGCAACAAUGCGAAAGCUCUUAUUUUGGUCAAAGAAUUAAAGCAUUUAAUAUCAAACAUACCUUCCAAAAAAUUAAUUAGGUAAAAACCAGAUAAUAAAUUGAAAAAAUCUCAUGUAUUUAUGUUUAAACUAAUUUUAUUUAUAGAGUUCGUGAAAUAACUAGACAUUAUGAUGAAACUGUAUGGGAUAUAGAAGACCCAUUCCGUGUAUCUUAUCCUGAACUUUCUGAGUUGAAAAAAGAAAGGGUUGAAUAUUUAUAUGAAGCAGAUUCCUUUGGUUGUUUGACAGAGUGUGUUUGUCAUUUGUGUCCUUGGCAUGAGUGGCAACAACGUAAGAAAAAAUUGACCAGCCGCCACAGAACGUUUAAAAAUGAUGGACAAAGAAAACGUUGGGAAUUCUUAACAUCGAAUAAUUUGCCCAUAUUGGUUUCUAAUUCUGUAUUACCAGAUUUGAAAAGACCAAAACGAUUAAACGUCAUUGAAAUAAACUCUGCCAAAAUGAAUGGACAUGGCCAUACAAAUACAACGGUUUGAUUUUGUUGUUUAACUUGGAAUUGUAGUUAUGUUAUUAUUGUGUGUGAUUGGAAUACAAUUGUAAAUUAGUGUACAAAUUUAAAAAGCCAACAUAAAUCAAACUUUAUUUUGUAUAUGUUAUAAUGGAUAUAUAGAUAAUUUUUUAAUGCUGGAUAGUUUAUAUCAUUAUUUUUUAAUUUAACAUAUUUAAUGGGGGAAGGGAUGAUCUCUCUUUAGCCUGGCUUGGAUAUGCUACUGCCGGAAUACACUGGUAUAUUAAAAAAUAUAGCAAAUUUCAACUAUUAUAUUCAUAUUUCAUAUUAAAUAACUUACCAAUUAUACUUUUCUAUUGCUACAAAACUAAACUAAUUAGAAGAUUAAACAUUUAGGCCCCUAACUUAUUAUCUACUGGUCGGUUCGAAAAAAGAUUUCAAUAUCUAAAAUCAUGUCCUUGACAAUGUGGAUUGUUUUGCAAAAACAAAAAAAAAUGUGUUAAAAUCGGUCGAGUAGUUUUUCAGUUUCAGAUGAACUCUACCAGGUGUACCGGUAUAAAGUGAGCGUUAGGAUACAAUUGUGUCGGUAGGGAUUAUUUGUUGUGAACGGGUUUUAAUUUGUUUUUUGUUUUGUUAGCAUGACAUCUGUCAAACAUAUUCAAUAACCUUCCAGUCAUUGAACAAACAACAUCAUAUUUUUUCAUUGUGUUGAAAAUGUCAAAUUUUGUACCGGAAAGAUGUGCGGAAAGCAUUAAUUUUUUGUUUCCAUUUGAAGGAAAGUGCUGCAAAGUUGCAUCAAAUGCUUGUCGAGACAUAUGGUGAUCAUGCUCUAUCAGAAGUAAAAUGCAAAAGAUGGUUUCAACUGUUCAGAGAUAAUGAUUUUGAUAUGAGAAAUGAAGAACGUGGAAGACCAUCAAAAAAGUUUGAAGACGCCAAACUGCAAGCAAUAUUGGAUGAAGAUGAUACUUUGAGUCAAAAGCAAAUGGCAGAAAUGUUAAAUGUUGCACAUCAAACAAUUUCUGACCAUUUGAAGGCUAUGGGAAAGAUCCAAAAGUGUGGAAAAUGAGUGCUACAUGAAUUGAAUGGAAGACAAAUGGAAAACCAAAAAAACACUUGUGAAAUUUUGCUUCAAAGACAUGGAAGAAAAUCAGUUUUGCAUCGAAUUGUCACUGGCGAUGAAAAAUAGAUUUAUUUUAAAAAUCCUAAACGGAGAAAAUCAUGGGUUAAUCCUGGACAAUCAUCAUCAUCAACAUCAACUGCAAAACCAGAUUGAUUCGGCAAGAAGGCAAUGCUCUGUGUUUAGUGGGAUCAGAAAAGUGCGGUGUAUCUAAAACCUGGUGAAACUGUUAAUUCUAAUCGCUACAGACAACAAAUGAUCAAUUUGAACCAUGCAUUGAUCGAAAAACGACCAGAAUGGUCCAGAAGACACGGCAAAGUAAUUUUGUUACGCGAAAAUUCACCUCCACACAAAGCAAAACCAGUUCAGGAAACAAUUAAAGCACUUGGCUGGGAGCUGCUACCCACCCGCCGUAUUCACUGGAAUUGGCCCCUUCCGACUACCAUUUGUUUUCAUUGAUGGGACACGUAUUGGCUUAGCAGCACUUCGAUUUCUACGCAGAAGUUGAAAAUUGGGUGUCUGAUUGUUUUGCUUCAAAAGACGAACGUUUCUAUUGGCAUAGUAUCCACAAAUUGCUAGAAAGGUGGUCAAAAUGUGUAGAAAGCAUUGGUCAAUACUUCGAAUAAUUUUUUUUUACUUUCCUAUUCAAAUUUACUGUUUCAUUUCAAAACGAUCAUUUCAUACUGGUACACCUGGUAUAAGUAUACACUCGCUAAGUUAUUUGUACAUUUAACUGAAAAAAAAAAUUGAACUUUUUUUUAAACUUCCAUUCUAUUCAUUUUGUAGGGAAUAAAUUUUAAAAAUGCAUUGGGAGUUUGCAAUUUUAAAAAAUCCCUUUUUGGUGCUCGUCUAUUUUGUAUAAAGAACCUCUGUGCAAAAUUUCAAGUUUCUAGACCUAGCAGUUUAGACUACACUGAUGCCUCAGUUUAUCCUUUUAUAUAUUAUUACGUUAAUAUGAUCUUGUGUACAAAUUCUCCAUCUAUAUCAUUUACAAGCAUAGACAAAUUAAAUUCUAAGCUUUCUAAAAAUGAAAAUAAUUGAUUUUGUUACUUUUAUUAAUAUCAAAAUAAAAGAUACUGGUUUUACUUAUCAUUACAUUUCCUACAUACAUAUAUAUAUAUAUAUAUAAAUAACAUUAGUAUUUAUAAUUUUAUUUCUCUUUUAAAGUUAUUUUUAAUGUUGAUUUCAGGUGAAACUUCAUAAUGGAUUCAAUGGAAUUGAUAAAUCUCCAUGUAAAGAGUGUGACAAUGAUGACAUGAUGUUAGGUAUCAAACCCGUAUCUAAUGUUUAUGAGUUUUUACAAUGCUGGAAAACAGCUAGUCAAAAAAACAAUUAUGAACUUUAUCAACAACUUUUGCGGAGUAUUAAACCAAAAGAUUUACCUAAGGGUAAGUAAUUAGAUAAUUAUGAAUUAUAAUUUAUGAUUUGUAUGUGUUAAUAGAAAAAUUAAAUUCCGUUAGGAUAAAUAUUUUUAAAAUGAAAAAUGUCAUUGAACAAAUUAAAAAAAAAAAGAAAAAUGUAAAGCUAUGUUGUGUACAUCAUGUAAACUAUGAUGGUGUUAAUAUGGUUAUUUUUUUUUAUCUAAUCUAACUAUUAUUUUUCUUUAAAAAUAUAUUAUCCUACCAUCCUUUCAAAUCUAUUCCAACAACAAGCAUAAUAAACAGUAUUUAUUUUAUCCAAAAAUAACAUUUCACUAAUAUAUUUAUUAAAUUAAAAAGAAAUUGAAAUUUAGACCAACAGUUGUCUAUCUUUUAAUAAAUUUGUAGCUAUUUUAUGUAAACUUUAAUUUAGUUAUUAGUACAAAUUUGGAUGAAGAAAUCAUGUCAAAAUUUUUGGAAACCCUGAAUCAGAAGUUUAAUCCUGAUACCGAAUUAGAUCUUAUUGUAGAGUACUUAACAGCCAUGACCAAAGUGAAUCGGUUCAGCUUAAUUGUUGGGAUGCUAGACAACAAAGUUAAAGAAGGUAAAAUAUCUAUUUCUAUUGUAGUAUAAUAUAUAUUAAAAAUUAUAAUAACUGUUUAUUACAACUAUUGUUGUUUUUUUACCAAAUAAAGUUUAGGAACCAACAUUUUUGCUCAGUUCAAUUCAAUUAUAUAUUAUUUAUUUUUUCAUCUUUUAAUUUGUCCAUUAAAUAUUAAUAAUCUGAAAAAUCUAAAAAUCAAAAUAAUAUAUGAAUCUGAAACUAAUUCUAACAUUUAAACAUUACCUUAAGUUUUAACAUCUAUGAUAAAUUACUUAUAUUAGCAAAUUUAUUAUAUUUUCUGAUAUUUUGAUGCACAAAAAUAAUAUCUGUUUAUGACAGUGUAAUAUUUAUUUUUUUUAUAUGGAAACAUUUAUGAAUGUAGUUAUGCAAAAUAACAAUUUAAUAUAUUAACACAAAUUUUCUUUUCUCUGUUAAUCGGGUUUUCACUGAAGUUUUCACAUAAAUGUCAAUAUUUUGUUUUGUUUUUUUUUAACCCCCUGGAUUAAUAUUUAAAUGAUCCAAAGGCCAAUUGUAAUAAAAUAAAAUUAUAACGUUUGGCUAAAUUUAAAUUAUUUUUUAAUUUCAGGUAUUCAACCACUGUUGAAACGUGUUCACCACUAUACGAAUAGUAGAUUAUUUAUGGCAUUAUUAUAAUUUUAUCAAUACAUUUGACUAAAGUUAAGUUCAUAAUGAAAAAGAGUAAUAAAAUUGUUGUAUUUUUUUUUAACAUCGAUUUAUUGUUUUUAUUGCGUUAUUUUUGAUGUCCAAAAAAUUACAAAAAAUUACAAAAAAAAAAAAAAAAAAAAAGUUAUGUAAUAAAAUAAGUACUUUCAAUGUAAACAAAACUAUACGAGUCUGAUUAAUAUACCUAUCAUUUUUUUUUUUAACAAUUUAAAAUAAAAUAAAUGUUUAAUGUUAUUAACAAUUGUGGAAAGUUACUUAAUAAUGAUAAAUAAAUAAAUAAUUGUGUAUUAUCAAUCUUUAUGUACUGGUCAAUCUUAAUGUAUUUAUGUUGAUAUUUUGAUGAUAUACAUUCAUUGUAUUUAUACGUAUUUUAUUUUUUAAUACCCAUAGGUGUAUCUGGUACAGUGGAAUGAUGAACACUUAUUUGAAAGGCCUCUGAGAUUUUUAGAGGACAUAGAGGUGUGUAUCUAAUUUAUAUUUGAUACAAUAAUUGAAUAAUUAUAAAAAUUAAUAUUAUUUUGUAUUCGCUAUCACUAUUCAGUGUUUACUUUUUAAACUCUAUACAAGGUUUGAGUGAACCAACGUCAAAGCAAUUCAUGAUGAGACUAUAUAAGAAUUAUUUUUGGUUGAGACAGUGCGAGUGAACGAUUUUCAUAUUUUUGGGGGAAUAUUUAUGAAUGUAUUUGGAAGAGGUUAAGCCAAAAUUCCACUUAAUUUAUAUAUUAAUACAGAAAUAUUUUAUUUGAUUUUUUUUAUAUUAUAUUGGUUUAAAAAAAAAAAAAAAAAUUCACAUUUCAAAGUCUUUAUACUCUAAAUACAAUCACACUUUAAUCUGUUAUAUAAAUAUUGAUAGAAAUUAAACAAUAAUUAAUAUUAGGCGGUCCUGACCACAGACAUUACUACAUUAUUUGGUUAUUAGUUCAAUUUUCUUUCCAUGCUUUUAAAUCUAGUGGGAAAUGUUCACAACUAUAUUGUUCCGUGAACCU